AUGCUGGUCCCGGGGCGCCGCUGGGAGCCCCUCGCUCCGCCGCUGCUGCUGCUGCUGUCCGGGAUGCUCCGGCCGCCGGGGCUGGCGGCGUUCAACGUGGACGAGGAGAAGGUGACCGUGUACAGCGGGCCCGAGAGCAGCUACUUCGGCUACGCGGUGGAUUUCCACCACUACACCGGCGCAGUAAGUGUCCUGGUCGGUGCUCCCAAAGCCAAUACUACACAGCCGGAUAUACAGGAAGGGGGAGCGGUGUAUUACUGUCCUUGGCCAGCCGCCGAGUGCAAACAGAUCCCCUUUGAUACUACUAACAACAGAAAAAUCAAAGUCAACAGCACCAGGGAACCUAUUGAGUUUAAGUCAAAUCAGUGGUUUGGGGCAACAGUCAAGGCUCAUAAAGGAAAAGUUGUGGCUUGUGCUCCCUUAUAUCAUUGGAGGACCCUUAAAGCCAUCCCUGAAAAGGAUCCGGUUGGGACCUGCUAUGUUGCAAUUCAGAACUUCAGUGCGUAUGCCGAGUAUUCUCCUUGUCGCAACAGCAAUGCAGAUCCUGAAGGACAAGGUUUCUGUCAAGCAGGCUUCAGCUUAGAUUUUUACAAGAAUGGGGACCUUAUAGUAGGAGGACCUGGGAGUUUUUACUGGCAAGGGCAAGUAAUCACCACCAGUAUUGCAGAUAUCAUUACGGACUAUUCAUUCAAGGAUAUUCUAAGGAAACUGACAAGAGAAAAGCAAACUGGAGUGGCACCACCUAUAUAUGAUGACAAUUACCUGGGAUAUUCAGUGGCUGCUGGGGAAUUUACUGGAGACCUUGAACAAGAGUUGGUUGCUGGUGUGCCAAGAGGAGCACAGAACUUUGGCUAUGUUUCAAUUAUUAAUUCUACAGACUUGACCUUUAUUCAGAAUUUCACUGGUGAACAGAUGGCUUCUUACUUUGGGUAUACCAUCGCCGUAUCGGAUGUUAACAGUGAUGGUUUAGAUGACAUCCUAGUUGGUGCCCCCCUCUUCAUGGAGCGUGAAUUUGAGAGUCAACCUAAGGAAAUAGGACAAGUUUACCUGUACUUGCAGGAAAGUGCUUUCUACUUCCGAGACGCACAGAUACUGUCGGGCACUGAAGUGUUUGGUAGAUUUGGCAGUGCCAUCGCACAUCUUGGAGAUCUCAACCAGGAUGGCUAUAAUGACAUUGCAAUCGGUGCACCAUUUGCAGGAGAAGACGGAAGAGGCAAAGUGCUCAUUUACAAUGGACACAGGAAUGGGUUAAAUGCUAACCCUUCACAGGUUCUUAAUGGAGCCUGGGCCUCACAGUCCAUGCCUGCGGGAUUUGGCUUUACUCUAAGAGGAGACUCAGACAUAGACAAGAAUGAUUACCCAGAUUUAAUAGUAGGUGCAUUUGGAGCUGGGAAAGUAGCUGUUUACAGAGCAAGACCUGUUGUGACAGUGGAUGCUCAGCUCAUGCUGCACCCAAUGAUUGUAAAUCCAGACAAUAAAACUUGUCACAUUCCUGGGUCUAUGAUUAUGGUGGCCUGUUUUACUGUAAGAGUCUGUGUGGCUUUUGAAGGUCAAAGUAUUUCAGAUAAGAUAGCACUGCAAGCUGAAUUGCAAUUAGAUUCAUUGAAACAGAAAGGAGCUGUUAAAAGGACCCUCUUCUUUGAUUACCAUCAGUCACAUCAUUUCUUCCUCAUUGUGACAGAAAGACAGAAACAGUUCCAUUGUCGGGCCUUUGUUGUUUAUCUCCGAGAUGAAACAGAAUUUCGAGAUAAAUUAUCUCCAAUCAGUGUUAGUUUGAACUACAGCUUGGAUGAAUCCACUUUUGAAGAUGACCUAGCUGUGAAACCAAUACUGAACUAUUAUCAGGAAAGCACUGUUAGGGAGCAGGCUUACAUUCUGGUGGAUUGUGGAGAGGACAACAUGUGCAUUCCUGAUUUGAAACUUUCAGCUACACCAGAUAAAGAUCAACUAAUCAUUGGAGAAGAAAAUUGUGUCAUGCUUGUAAUAAACCCACGGAAUGAUGGGGAAGGAGCCUAUGAAGCUGAGCUUCAUAUAAAGAUCCCACCUGAAGCAGAUUACACAGGUGUUGAACGAAACCACAAGGCAUUACGUGUAUUGAGCUGUGAUUACAAGAUGGAAAAUGAAACUAGAAUGGUCGUUUGUGACCUUGGAAAUCCCAUGGUGGCUGGAACAAAUUUCUCCACUGGCAUCCGAUUUUCCGUUCAGCAUUUUGAAAAUGCCGAUUUCAGCAUCAAAUUUGAACUGCAAGUAAAAAGUUCUAAUAAGGUUAAUCCCACCAGCAACUUGGUUAACCUUCAAAUCAACAUCAGUGCUGUGGCUCAAGUGCAGAUCAUAGGUGUGUCUCGUCCUCCACAAAUUGUUUUGCCACUUCACAACUGGGAGCCUAAAGAUGAGCCCACCAAAGAAGAGGAUGUCGGCCCUUUAGUAGAACACAUAUAUGAGCUGUAUAAUACUGGACCAAGUGCCAUCAAUGAAACAUUACUCCAUGUUGGAUGGCCUGCAUCCAGUCGAGAGGAGUCUCUUCUUUACAUUCUUCAUAUUCAGACACAUGGCCCAUUGCAAUGUCAAACAAGCUCUGCUAUCAAUAUAUUCCAAAUAGAGUUUGCUAUUCCACAGGAUACCCCAGAACUUACUGCUUUUUUGCGUAACUCCACUAUUCCUCACUAUGUCGGGCGGAGGGAUGUCACCAUGGUAGAACCACAAAGGAAGAGCUAUGCAAAAUACUGAACUGUACAAACGUGAAGUGUUUAAUAAUCUCGUGUACAGUGGGACAGCUAGAAAGAGGAAAGAGUGCAGCACUAAAAUCAGAUCUCGGUUAUGGGCCCAAACUUUCCUACAGAGAAAUAAUUACCAGUAUACCCUUUCCUCCAAUGUGUCCUUUGAAGUUAAGAAGAUGCCAUAUAAAGUGCAGCCGGCAAAACACCC